AUGACUGAAUACUUGGGUUCAGCAAGAUUAAAGGAGAGUCCGGCAAGGCCAACAUCAUUGGAGGAAAUAUGGGAAGCCCCGGUCUACAAACAGCCACCUUUACCCUCAAGAGAUUUCUCGGCAGAACUCGAGCAAAUUUCGAGGCAACGAGCCAGCAAACUCUCAAUUGCCGUCAUCCUUUUGAGCGCCUUCUCGUUCGGAGCCACAAUCUACAUUGUGUUCCUGAUUGGCUACUCCAUGGAUCUAUAUGAUAGCGUCGUUGAGAUCAAAAUGAAACUCGUGGAAGUAGAAAACGGUCGAUCACCAACUCCACCAUGUGGUUGGGAUGAUGGAUGGUUUCAUGCUCGAAAUUUGAAGAAUUGCUACAAGGUGAUUUUCAAUGUCACUCUGGAGCAAGCAAUCAAUCAGUGCAGAGCUUUCAACGCAAAUGUCACAUCAAUUCACUCCGACGAGGAAAAUCGUGUUGUUAACAAUCUACUCAAACUUAACCUGACGUGCCCAGGUCCAAUCCUUGGCGGAUUAAUUGGUGCAAAGAGGACAGGUGGUGGUGUGAAUGAUUGGAUGUGGAUUGAUGGAUCUGUCUGGGAUUACACGAGAUGGGACGCUGGAGAGCCAAAUAAUUUCAAUGCCGAAGAGGGCUGCCUGCAAACGGAGAACUUGCUAAGCUGUUGGCAGUUCGACGAUACGAUACAAACCGUUCAAAAUCUACCGUCCUGGUUUCCGAUGAAGCUGAAGGGGAUGGACAAAUGGAAUGAUAUUAGCUGCGGUCGAACUUUCAACGGAGCGAUUUGCAAGAAAACGGCUCACUUU